AUGUCUAACGUCCAGUGCACCAGACUGCAGAACCAGUGUGACGAGUGUCGCAUAGCACGCAGCAGAGUCCCCGCGUGGGUCGACCCAUCUCUCCUUGAAUGUCCUGGGUAUGGAGUUGUCUUCAACUGCGUAUACAAGGGCACACGUACUCAAGCAGAGAAAGCAGUUGAAGUAAUCCAGUCCUGUGCCUCCGGAGCAUACGGCCAGAAAGUCCGCGUUCACGCAGCUUACCGACGUUCUUCUGACAGAGACGCAAAGAUUUUGGAAGGUCCGUGGAUCGAUAUAACCACGCCGCGCCCAAAGGGCGAGAAAAAUGGUAAGUCCAAGAACGCAGCGCCAUCAGGUCUGAUUUAUAAGGCGCCCAAGCUUCUUGGGCUGGCGGAUCCCAAGCAACUGUACGAGAAGAACUACGCGAAGAAUCGCUGCGUCCAAUGUUUAGUUGACUUUCCUAGUCCAAUCGCUCAGAAUGGCGAUAUUGAGAAUAUCAUCAUCGACAGGCUAACAAAAGAGGGCUUCGAAUGUGGCGCCAUUCACCCGCAGAGCCAUUCCAGUCUGCAUCGGCUGAAAUGGUGGGCCGAGACGCACCCUGACAAAGUGCCGGAGGAGCCUCCAGGAAGCAAGCACAAGCCUGGCGAGGUUCGGACCCGGGGCAACGCAUGGGUUCGGACGAAGAGGUAA